ACAGAUUAAUUUGUCUUCAAACCUGUUCGGCAAUGACCACCUUUCCUAAGGUGUUUGGUUUUGGAUAAGCUUCAUUCCAGGACUCUGGGAUUGUUUGUUUGCAUGGUUCUUGAGUCGCUCUUACAGCUGCUGUACGCUUACUAAUUUCAGCUGCUCGGACGUAUCGCAGAAACUGCGGCGACUGGAGAACUGAACGACCAAACAUUCUGCUGCUUGCGAUGCGAAAGAGCACGGCUCAACUGGCGUUUUCGACGGUGACUUUUUUCAGUCGUGGUGCUUGCUUUGAACUGUCUACCUGCCGAUCGGUUGCGCCUUACUACUCCCAAAUCGUAACGUCUUGGCUUGAUGAAAAUAGCUUGCCUUGGACUGAGGUCGAAGGUGAGCAGCUGUCCAAUCGUCGUAUCAUAAAUGUUACCGGCAAGCAGAACAACUUGCGACUCCACCUGCUUCCUUCACCAACCUGCCCAAUGAAUUGCGCGUCUCCCAAUCUUACGAGAGACAUGACAAAUCGUGCAAGCAAGAACGACCCCAUUAUUCAUUUGCAUCAAGAUGUUUGGCAGGCCAAAGAGGACAUUGUGAAAUCUCGCCUACUGCAGCGCCUAGGCCGAAUCAAACGACGAAUAUACGCUCGCCAAACAGUGGCUCGUCGGAUUGACAACCCAACGGCUGUAGAGUUUUUACAGUGCCACCACCUAUGGGCAGCUACCCGAACCAAGUUCGCGUACGGUCUGUAUACUAAAGAUGACAUAGGAGAGUUGGUGGCCGUCGCAUCCUUCAGUUCUCGGCGUAACGUCGUGCGAAAAGGAGUUAAUCAUCGAUCACAUGAGCUGAUACGAUUCUGCUCUCGUCGAGAUGAAACAGUCAUUGGAGGCAUCACUAAACUAAUUCGAGCCUUUGCGAAAGAUGAGAAUCCUGACGAUAUUGUUACAGUGAUCGAUCGCGAUUGGGGCGGGGGAGAUGGCUGGCACGCAUUGGGCUUUCAGACGGUGGCAACCUUGCCAUCAUUAAUAAUGGCAGUGAAAGCAGGCACCCGACACCACAUGGUCGGUGCUGGAAUUGGCUGCAAAUCGACGAGUGCAUUCGGUAGGAUUGGCUUGCCGGCGGAUACUUUGCAGCGGCUGAAUACCACGAGUUCUGCAGAAGCUGCUCGCAGCACUUUACUGGAAAGUGGCCAUUUCCCUGUAUACGACGCUGGCGUGGAGCGACUACUUCUGCUUGUAUCUCACUCAUCGGCUGCCAUCGAACACGGCAAAGACGUGUGCGCCAAAGCUCUUUGGAGCGACUCUCAACCUUCAUAUACAUCAAGAUACUAUUCCAGUAACUGCGGCAUCACGGCACUUCUUACCGACGCGGAAAAAGAGCAUAAGAGGACUGAGCCUUUUAAGAGCGAACGAGACUUGGCUUCCAUCUAAGCUUGCAAAGAACCUUUAAAUAGUCCGUGAGUGGCCCAACAAUAUUCUUCUCCUCGUCAUAUCUCGAUGCAAAUGCAGCGAUACAAGUGGGGCGACGCGGGAAUGGCUGGCGUAUAAUGGCACUAGGAGUU